UUCGGCAGAAAAAACCACUGUGGCAUGUGAGUGCUUUGUUCCGGCGUUGAGAACCUAAUUGUGGCGGAAGUGCGGACAAAGGUGUUGAAGUCGCGAUGUCGAAGAUCAAGUCGGGACAAGUCGUGGGUGUGUAUGAUUAUCUGAGUUGCCCAACGAUGUAUCCGAAUCGCUCGGCUCUCGUGAUGGCUGCCACCGGCGAUCGGAUUCAUUAUCAUCCGUAUGCUUCCGUGUCGUCCGACGCGAGCCACGCUCAUUGCAAACGGAAGCUGUUCGUCGGGAUGCUGAGCAAAAAGGCUAGCGAAAAUGACGUCCGGACAAUGUUCAGCCAAUUUGGGCAGAUCGAAGAGUGCACAGUUCUCAGGGACACCAGCAACCACAGCAAAGGUUAG